AUGAGGCUCAGAACGCCGUCACAUGUUCCGCUCAUCAUUCAACUCUUACUCAGGAUCUUCGGCCAGGGGUACUCUUGGCUACCAGUCGGGCAUUCCUGCUACGUCCAGACCAGAUACCUUACCAGAUUCGCCUGCUCCUCGAACCUGGUUCCGAAGUUUCGCUCAUCACCAAUCAACUCGUCCUUCGAGGUUGAUGCUUACAUCCUCAACUUACUCACGGCAUUGUUACCGACGUUUGCAUCGGAUCAUGGCGAAUGGGGUCAUCUCAGAGGCUUAGAACUCUCUGAUCCCGAAUUCCUCACCCCGGCGCCCGUUGACGUGAUUCUCGGUGCUGAUGUCUACGGACAACUGAUCCUCCCGGACAUCCGCACAGCUGGGGCUAGCUCACCGACCGCUCAGCUUACUCACCUCGGCUGGAUCGUUUUUGGACCAACUGGUGGAACUGAAUCAUCGCUCCAGGCCAAUACUCAUUUGGCAACCACCAAUGAUGAACUCAACAAUCUCCUCACCAAGUUUUGGGUUCAAGCGGAGAUUCCUGAAACAUCUACAGCUUCGCUCUCCGAAGAAGAAGCUCAGUGCGAAGCUCAUUUUCGCCUGACUCACACAAGGGGAUCAUCAGGCCGCUACAUCGUGCGGCUACCUCUAAAAGCUUCAACAUCAUCGCUUGGAGACACUCGAUCAUUUGCUCUAGCUUGCCUGCAUUGA